UAUUCCUCUUCCGCCGUCUCCCCAUUUUCUCUGUGGCAGCAGGUGCUCGAGGCAGAGGAGAAUUUUGGAGAGGGAGAAGGAGAGGGAGACGCAUCAUAGGAUGGUGUGCGCAAUCUGCCAUUCACAUUGUGAGAGUGACAAUGAGCAGACUUUUCGCAUUGUCAUCCGUGAUGACUACGAAGCUUUAGCGAACAUCCCAUGCACUGCAAGGAAUAGGUUUAACCAGAAGUCUGGGUUGAACUUUAAGGCGGACGGCGAAGAAGAGGGAGGAGCUGAUUGGAGGGGACACGAAGCCACACUGAUUGGAGGUGAUGAUUGGACCAAGUUCAAGCGCGACUUCAACAUGGGGCAGGGCAAUGUAAUUAUGUUUGACAUGACUGGACGAACAACAAAGGUAUAUGUGGCUAGAGUUGAGGCUGAAGAAGAGGGAGGAGCUGAUGAAGAAGUUGUUGCGGUUGAUGAAGAGGAAGAUGUUGUCAAUGAUGAUCAUGGGCUUGAAGAUGCACUAGCGUUUGUGAACACCAGGGGUUUUGUCUUUGAGGAUGGUGAAUACGCAAUGAUGGAUCUCAUUCUCACUAUCCAACAUUUAUUCAUUGGCCCACCCUUUGUGCAUCAUCGGACGCCCGCGAACAUUGCAGGCAAGCUGAUGAAAAUCCCCAAGAAGGUAGUUGAACCACUGAACUUGGACACAAAAGGUGUUGUUGGCCUUUGCAUGGGUGUGGGAGAUGUUAUGCAGGUUGCAUACCACACGGACCGUGACGGACGCGUCGUUUUCAACCAAGCCUGGGGUGUUUUUGUAGCCCAGAACCACCUCCAGGUGAAUGAUGCUGUUGUGUUCAACUUCAGGGAGAUCAAUGAAGAACAUAUCAACCUAGUAUGCGUUGUCAAUGCUUUGAGGUCGGUAGAAGCAUAAGGAUGGGGGAUUCAUGUCCAGAACCUUUUUCUAAUGGUGUGGCAGAAGCAAAAUGUUAGCAGUGCUAUUGAAAAUGUGCUAUCAUUUUUUUACUUUUGUUGUUUAUGAGGUGGUUAUUAGAGAUGAAUUGUGAAGUUCCUAUCUUGUCCACUAUGAACUGGGAAUGAA